AUUAUUUUCCCAUUGUAGCGCGUAAAAAAAUAAUCCAACAGAGAACUGGGAAUGGCGCUAAUGAUACUUAACCCCUCGUCAUCUUCAGUUACCAGCAAAAAAUCCCAUCUCCUCCUCCACAAAUCAUCCAAUUCCCAUCCCAAAACCGCUAAUUUUUCUAUCAAAUCCGAACAAGAUUCCUCCUCAAACCAACCUACGGAACAAACCCCUCCCAAUCCCAAGAAAGCCAACAAUUUAUCGUCUGGUUCAGGAUUUGGCUCUGCUUCUGCAGCUUCCACAGUAUCCUCGUCCAAGAGGAAACAGCAGAAGGGAAAAAGAGAAAGGGCCUCCAUAAUUCGUAGAGAACCGCUGGAAAAACCCAAGUUUGUUGCAACUCCACAAGAGGAAGCGAGGAGCGAAGAGCUGAGGAAGAGUGAGAGUGCUUUUCUUCUUGCUUGGUUAGGACUCGGCGCAAUUAUUCUUGUCGAGGGUAUUGUUCUAGCUGCCUCAGGCUUUUUACCAGAAGAAUGGGAUAAGUUCUUUGUGAAGUAUCUUUACCCUUCGUUUACUCCAACAGUGUUCUUGUUUGUGGCUGGUACAGUUGCCUAUGGAGUUUUGAAGUACUUGCAAAAUGAGCAAUUUAACCGGGAAAACUGAUCUUACAAUAUCAAAUAUGAGUUAGAGGGGUUCUAGCAUAAUUAGCAAGGUCUUAUUUGUUCCGUCCGAUGCUUUUUGUCCCUGUGACCAAACAAAUAUGUAUUAUCGAAAUUCUAAAACUGUUAUUCAGAAAAAUGCUGAAACACA